GACCGCGUGCCCUCCAUAAUUUGCAGGGACCAGGUCAUCUGAGGGUGCCCUCAACCCCAUCGAGAAACGCAGACACAGCCUCAUUUUCACAAGUGGCCCUUGGAAUGGUAGCCUCUAGAGCCCCUCAGCUCUGAGCCCCUGUGCCCCACCCACUUCCCGCAGGGGAGCCGUAAUGCUGCUGGGCCGGGGAUGUCUGCAGCAGAGAAGGCAGAGCCCAGACUCUUCUAUCGGCAAGUACACCCCCUCGGUUGUUGCUGUCGGCAGUCCCGGUCUGGGAUGAGCACCCUGGGGAUGGCUCUGGUUCACUCUGCACUUGCUGAGCACUUUUUGGAUGCUGGGAUAGCUCAUUGUUGGAGUCACUGUCCUCACUGAGGUGACGCUAAGCCUUGAAUAAAGAAGAAGGGGCACUGCAGACGUAGGCAGCCACGCCAAGGCAGAGGUGGGCAGGGGGGACGGUUGCAGAUGUGGGACGAGAAAUUGGGUGGGGUGGCCCAGAUGGGUACGGCCAACAGUGGCUUGUGUCACCCUGUGCCACUGUGAACUGGGCCACAUGGUGAGCAAAGCAGCCUCUGCCCUGCGUGAAAGCCCUUUACACUCCUGUUCAUACCCCUGGGGAGGGGAAGAGAGAGGCAACCUGGCCUCCUGCGCCUUCCCUUCUCUGGGUUUUUCCUUAAGGCUGUGGUUCUGCCAGCUUAAAAUGUGGGUUUGAGGCCCCACUGAAUCAGUCUCCAAGGGCGGGGCCCAGGAAGAUUAGGCACAAUCACUUUUAGGAUUUGAUAACACCUCGAGGAAAGCCAGUUAAAUUGUAACUAGUACCUGGAGGAGGAGGAGGAGAAAAACCUGCGGGUGAUUGUAAUGACCCAGAGGGCAGAGCCGGGACUGGAGGGGUUUCUGGGCCAGGGCCCCAGGGGCCAAGCCCCAGGGAAAGUGGGAGGGUGCGGGGUACUGCUGGGCAGGCGCCCUGAGGUCCCCGCGGGUGAGGGCAAGUCUCUGCACCCUGGAACCCCCUUUUCUCUUCUGGGGAAAGUCAAAGCCAGGCCUCUCCUGAGUUUGUUCGAACACCUGUGUGAGGGACGAGGGCACCAUCCAAAAAGAGGCUGUGGUGCCGUCGAGGGGACUGACACAGGCAAACACCGGUGCCAUUCCUUCUCUGCGUGUGAAGGGCGAUGCUCUAAAUCCAGGCAGAUCUCCCCACUUGCGAAAGCUCAUUGUUAGGCCACUUUACUUUUACAAAAGACCUACACGAGUCCCUAUUUUCAUGGACCAAAACAAAUCCCAAGGUUUUUGCUGUUCUGGGGAAAAAAAAAGGCAAAAAGUGAAAAUAGCUAGUUCAGCGUCUGUUCGGCAGCGAGCCGCAGAUGGAAGCCUACGCUCCUUCCCCGGGGCGCUCGGCAUCCCAGCCCCCAGGACUCUGCCUCCCCUUGUUCCUGUGUCUGUUAGCAGGGUGUGUCCUAACAUAGCAGAAAAGCCCAGGACGGGUUACCUUCUGGGUCUGGGAACCCUGAAAGCACUCUCUUAAUGAUGAAAUUAAACCGUCGUCACUUUACGUCCUUUCUGCUUAUGGAAGUUUCCAGAAAGAACACUUCUUUCAGAGGGCAGGAAAACCUGCAUUUACUCCUGUUGCUUACACUUUGCAUAGAAUUGUGCAGACCUUUUUUGGUCACGGGCCACAGUUUAGAAAAAAACGUUUCCCACUCUCAUACACGCACUUGAGUAUAGGUAUUCGAAGCAACAACUUCACAAAACAAUACCUACCCUUAUGUACAUUCUGAUAUUUUCCUUUCAAUUCCCUUCCUGUUCAUACCUUUUAAAUCUUGGUCAUGAUCCAUGAUCUGCAAAACUGAUUUCUGAGGGCUCAUAAUCUGCACUUUUUAAAAAAAUCCUGCCCAGUGUAAACCUUACAGAACGGUUUCAUAUCCUCUAUCUUGCACGGCUCUUAUCCUGUCCUGGGCGACUGGCAUAUGCACCCCAUUUUAUGGUGAGUUCUCCAAGGUCAUACUCAGGCGACCAGUGCCCUUGAGAUCUGGCUGAAGCUCCGUGCAGAACAGGAUUUUCCCUGGAUGGCAAAUACCAGAGCCCGACCCACAGACCUUUCCCAGGGCUCCAAGACACUGACCCGCCACAACAGGGACCCUCGGGCAGGUGAUUGGUGCCAAAGGGGCUCCAGGCCCCCACCCCAUCCUGGGGCCAGCUUCCUCCAGCAGGCACCGCCCCCCCCAGGGAGUCCCUCUCCAGGCAGUUCUCUCUGCCCGCUCCUGUGGGUGUGGUUUCUGACAGCUGGCUUGGAGCUGCUUUGUCCCAGUCACCAGGAACUGGUCAUUUCUACCCUGGCUCCGAGCUGGAGGGUUCUUCUUGGCCAGCUGUCUUCCCAGCUUCUCGAACAUGGCUCUCAGGGAGAGACUCAGGACCUGGAAGAGAAUCUUCUGUUGGCUGAUCCUCCUUGCGCUGGGCCUCCUAGGGCUGCUCCAGUAUGGGCUCCCCAUAGUCAGGCAUCUGGAAGCCCUCAUCCCCAUGGGCGUCUGCCCUUCUGCCAGAAUGGCCCUGCUGAGAGACAACUUCACGGGUCUCCUGAAUCCCUGGGCCCGGCCUGAUGUUCUGACCUGUACCUCCUGGGGGGCCCCCAUUAUUUGGGAUGGCACUUUCGACCCAGCUGCAGCCCAGCAAAAGGCUCUACAGCAGAACCUCACCAUUGGUCUGACUGUCUUUGCUGUAGGCAGGUACCUGGAGAAGUACCUGGCGCGCUUCCUGGAGACAGCUGAGCGGCACUUCAUGCUGGGCCAGCGCGUGGUGUACUACGUGUUCACCGAGCGCCCGGCCGCUGUGCCCCGCGUGGCUCUGGCGCCUGGCCGCCGGCUGCGCGUGGAGCGCGUGGCCCGCGAGCGGCGCUGGCAGGACGUGUCCAUGCAGCGUAUGCACACGCUGCACGAAGCGCUGGGCGGGCGGCUGGGCCGCGAGGCGCACUUCGUGCUCUGCAUGGACGUGGACCAGCACUUCCGCGGCGCCUUCGGGCCCGAAGUGCUGGCCGAGUCGGUGGCGCAGCUGCACGCCUGGCACUACCACUGGCCGCGGCGGCUGCUGCCCUACGAGCGCGACGCGCGCUCCGCCGCCGCGCUGGCGCCAGGCGACGGCGACUUCUACUACCACGCGGCGGUGUUCGGGGGCAGCGUGGCGGCGCUGCGCGGCCUGACGGCGCACUGCGCGCGGGGCCUGCAGCGGGACCGCGAGCGCGGCCUGGAGGCGCGCUGGCACGACGAGAGCCACCUCAACAAGUUCUUCUGGCUGCACAAGCCCGCCAAGGUGCUGUCGCCCGAGUUCUGCUGGAGCCCCGAGAUCGGCCGCCGGGCCGAGAUCCGCCGGCCGCGCCUACUCUGGGCGCCCAAGGAGUACGCCGCGCUGCGCGACUAGGCCCCGGCCCCGCCGGGCCAGGAUGGGAGCCCUUGGAAGCCGUGCGGGCGCCCCGCAGGGCGGCGAGAGCUUGGACGCAAACAGCCCUGACCGCUUCGGCCAGGGGAUCGUGGCGGUGGGAGGAGGACCGUGGCCUUUGGGGAGUUUCUCGCUGGGAGGGAAAGAUCCCCUUUCCCCCACUUUCUACAGGGACCGACGACGCCAGCGGCAGCGAAGCACGACGACGGGGCAGUAGCGCCUUGGCCAGGCUGCCUCUACACCUUUCCCCUCUGAGCUUACUAGAUUCGGCUGAUGCCUCCAGGAGAGCUCUUUUAGCCCGUCACCCACCGCCAUCCCCAACCCCCUUUUUGAUAAGGAGACUGAGACACGAAAAGGGAACAUAGCUGCCUGAGGACACAGAGAAUCUGUGAGUCAGUCUGGGCAGCAGCUGCACAGCCAGCCUUGGCUCUAGCUCUGAAAAGACAAUAGCUUCUGGGCCAAAAGGAGAAAGCUUCCGCUGUAGGAGAAACGUGGUGGCAUCUGAGUUCUUGGCUUUGCCCUUCCACCUCCCCUGCCCUCAAACACAGUUUGUACAUAUUUAAGUAAUAUUGUAAUAAAAUUAUUCCAAGUGUCUUUAUGGCGCUCUCUCCUGGGCACUGUCCACAAAUAGGGCAUUUCCUUGAUGCAGGGCCAAUAGGGCUGUCUGAUGGAUAAGUUUCCUUACCCAGGACCACUAUCCAGAGUCUUCAUCCUCAGUGGGGGAGAAACACAGGCUCUGAACAGGAGGUGAAAUCAUUAGGCCCUCCAGAAACGGUGGUCACAGUGCCAAGGAGACAGGGAAGGCAGCAGCUGGGAAAACUAAGGCCCUGGGAGGGUGGGAUUUCACUCCAGGUCCCCGGAAUCCUUUACGUUGUGUUCUCAAAGACCUUGCA